AUAAAGAACUUUGCACUUGACUGACGUAUAGUAAUUUCAUUGUUCUUUUGUUUCCUGAGCAAUUGCUGCAGAUAUGCACAUACGAUCCAUGUAAUAAGGAAUCUAAAUAUGAUCCUGUCUAUUUGCGAAGAGAACCAUUUGUAUCACGAUGACCAUUCCAUGGCUUGACCAAUCGUCUCCAAGCUUUCAAAACUCAGAACCAGUGUGCUGUGAACCAGUAAAGGAAGAGGAGAUAACUCCGUCAACUACAGAGAGGAGUCAACCCGAAUUCUCCAACAUCCACCCUGAGAGAAAUUCAGGUCCACCUAAGAAUUUGAAAGAAUUAGAAGGAGAGAUAACCUCUUCCUAUAAAAAAUUGACUCCAUUUCCUUGCUUUAAAACUAGUGAAAGAAGUCAGGUGAAUUCUGAUGGAAUCUUUGCUAAACAUUUAAAGAGGAGAUAUUUAGAUGUUGAUGGCCAUUUUCAAAGAAGUGGAAAACCCUAUAAAAUUCUGACUUGCCCUUCAUUUGCAUGUUUUGAGACAUUUAAAUUCAGAAACUUGCUUUCAGUAAGUCAGAAGCAAUUUUUAUUUAUCACAGAAAAAUCGUCCUGGAGAAAAUCUGUUUCACAUUUAAGGUUCUCCAGACUUGCCUUGAUUGCUUCCCUUGUAUUGUUGUGCCUGCUGGUCAUAGAUGCAGAAAACUCGCAUCAUAAACAAAACAACCGUUCCAAGGGAAUUGUUCCUAUAAAGGUUUUCUCAGAUACGUACUGUCUACCGUGGAUAACUGGGUCACUCAUCAGAAAAAGGCUACAACAGAAGGAGGUUUGGAUUGAUCCAAAGCGAGGCUCACGAACUGUAGGAAAACAUAGGUGUCACUGUACAAAGAACUCAUUUUUCAUGAGCAAUCACAAUACAAGUGACAGUUAUAAUUUGUUAUACCCUGUACUGCAGGAUUGCAACAAUCAACUUUAAGAACUGUUAUCUUUAAAUGAUAUGUAAAUAGUUUUGCUUUGAAUGUGCACUGUAUUUUUAUUUGAAGCCAAAAAAUGACUUGUGAAUUACUAGCAUGGAAGAAGCACUGAUUCGUAAUUUAGAAAGCUUAAGCAUUUCUGACUCUAUCCUAUUAAAACAGUGUAAUAGUGAACUGAUUCGUCUUUACACAUUUAGAAACUGGAAUGCCAAGGUGUUUGUAAUUCGACUUGCUGAGACUGGAUUUUUUUACUUGGGAGAAGGUGACAAAGUGCAGUGUUAUUUCUGUCACGUAGAAAAAGAAAACUGGGCCCCAGGGGAUAAGCCUAGUCUGGUUCACCAAAAGCUGAAUGCUAACUGCCCACUGCUGUCAAAUUCUGUGCAAACCAACAAUAUUCCUAUUUAUAGCAAUUUAGUGGAAGAACCACUUCCUGCAUAUUUCAGUAAGAUAAUUCACCUGCUCAGUGAGAGACACGUGGAGCGAGAUAGAGAUCUCAUCCCAGAAUCGCCAGGAGAUCGUCCAGUCAUGAGCCACAUCUCGGACUCGUCGCCUGGAUCCAUGAAUUUACCGAGAAGUAGAUCCAGAGAUUCCUCUAUUGGUUCAACCGGAUCUCAGGAAAACAGGGGAGGAAGAGGGAAUAGCCAGGAAGGAGGGUCGCUGGAACAGCCUCCCCAGAGAUUCAGCUUGGGAUUGUCAGGUCCCCAGGCUGCUACACCCAGUCUCCCCCAAACCCUGAGUGGUGGAAUCCCCUCCUCCCAGAAUGAGGCUACUCCCUCACAGCCUCUGCCACUAGAGGGUGACCCUAGCUUCCUGCGCUAUGAGAGAAAUCGCCUGGAAACAUUUAGGAAUUUCCCAGCAUCAGCCCAUGUUCUUCCUCGAGAUUUAGCCAGCUCAGGAUUUAUAUACACAGGUACUGGAGACAGGGUCCAGUGUGUUUUUUGUCGUGGUAUUCUCCGUGACUGGGAUGUCGGAGAAAAACCUCACAUCGAACACAAAAACAAAUUUCCCCGCUGUCCAUUUAUCCUGGGUGUCGACGUCGGAAAUGUAAGGAUGACGCCAGCCCAGCCUGCUCAGAGGGUCAACAUUGCGGGGAAUCUGAACAAUUCUCCCCUGGGUAACAUGGAGGCCCUGGGGAUAAACACUGACCGCCCUCGGCAUGGUAACUAUGCAGUGGAAAGCACACGAUUGACUUCAUUCAAUAACUGGCCGCAGUACAAGCACCAGACCCCUCCACAACUGGCAGCUGCCGGAUUCUUUUAUGCAGGGUUUGGAGAUAAUGUGAAAUGUUUUUAUUGCGAUGGCGGACUGCGGAAUUGGGAGCCGGGCGAUGAACCGUGGGUGGAGCAUGCUCGCUGGUUCCCACGUUGUUCAUUCGUUCGCACUGUAAAGGGAGACCAGUUUAUACGCAAUGUACAGGAAAGAUUUAAUCGACCCCUGUCUACUUCUGGUCAUCAAGUAGAGGCGAGAGAAAUCCGAGCUCGUAUGGAACUGCCAAUGGUUCGAGCUGUUUUAGAAACGGGAGUAGAUCGCAACAGUGUGAUGCAGGUCAUAGAAAGAAGACUGAGGGAAACAGGUGAUGAUUACCCCUCAGCCGAGGCCCUCCUGAAUGCCGUCCUCACUCUGGAGGAGGAGCCUGAGGUCCUCAAUGUUGCCUCACAGGAGCCUGUCCUCCCUGAGUACAGCCACACUCCACCCCGGGCACCAACACCUAGUAAUGCUAGUCAGUCCUCAGCAAAAUCAGAGGAGCCAUCAUCAUCCACUGGAGGUGGGUCUAAAGACCUUGUUGAGGAGAAUCGCCUCCUUCGGGAGCAGAAGACCUGUAAGAUCUGCCUGGAUGCUGAGGUUGGGAUGGUGUUCCUCCCAUGUGGUCACCUCUGCUGCUGUGUGAUGUGUGCCCCUGCUGUCAGACAGUGUCCCAUAUGUAGGGCUGAAAUCAGGGGCACAGUCAGGACUUUUAUUCCCUAAUUCUUUAUAAUUGAGACCAGUGUCAGGAUCAGAACUUUAAUGCAAUAGAAAAAUUAUGAAGACUUUUUAAAAAUACGCAAUAACUUAUUUACAAUUCAUACCCUCAGCAAUAAAAAAUUAAAAGGAUAUUCUAAUUACAAUGAGUGCUGCAUUUUAUUUCUGGAAUUUAUCUAAGAACGGUUUUUAAAGAUCUUUUUCCUACAAAGUUCGUUGAUAAAUAAUAAAUACCAUUUGGACAUGCUAAUUUUGUAUCAUGUGAUUGUAUUUUUAGAUUAAAAUGUAUUAUUUAAGGUUUCAUUGUACAUGAGUAAAAAGAAGGACAUCAGUGUCAGGACUAAGCUUUGAAAUCUAGAAUGAUGAGAAGUUAAAAGAAAGGAACCUUGUGACCUUGUGUAGUCUGACCUUGUACAUGUAAUAUGGUCAUUGAGAUAAGUCAAGUUCACAAGGUACAAGGGAAUUAAUGAAAGUUGUUGUGUAUGACAUAUUGACAGGAGAUGUUUACUCCCACCAGGCACCUGAUCCAGGUUUUACGAAAAAAAAAACCUUUCGACUAAGACCAGAAGUUUUAGUUGAAUGUAAAAUGUUGAAAAACUAUUGAUUCUGUUUGAAAUUUCUAGCAAAAAAUAUCGUGUUGAAUUCAUUUUAAGGAUUAAAUUCCCUUUCAAAACAAUUUAAAACAGAUAAUUUAAAUCUGGUCUUGAUCAUAAGAUCUUUUUCUAAAACGGCCCCUGGAUUUUAUGCUCUGUUCUCAGAUUUGAUUUCUUAGUUGAUUUUUUUCAUAUCUGUCACUGUUUGCUAUAUCUUUACUGUAGUAUUCCGUAACUCUGUAGACUUGUACCUUUAGGUUUUAAAUGUUACUCAUGUACUUCCGUAAUAAAUAGUUUGUAACCGCA